AUGAGAGGUUGUCGAGUCCUUUCCGCUGCACUGGCAUUCGCAUUCUGUCUUGCUAGCGAAAGUGCUUUCAGCGUCAAUGACGAUCUAUUCGCCUUUCCGCAGUAUGAUAUCCAGCUCCUAGACUCGUAUGUCCUAGACUCCGAGCCUUUAGCUACUUUACACUCGAACCAAUAUACGCCUGAGAAGUCCAAGGCGGCCAAAUCCCAUUCUCACGAUGUAUCGUCCUAUCGACCCCAUGGCUCACCCGAUGGCCCUACGCUAGAUGCGGAUGAGAUAUCCACUGGGACUUACGAGCGCAUCCUUCUUCAUGGGUAUCCCCAUAUUUGCCAUAUCCCAGAACCCAGAGUCAGCGCCGGCAAUGACACGACGCCCGAGCACUCUGCGGCAGACCGCGAAAAGGAGUUGGAGCGCGCUGUCAGUCGAGCGUCGCAGCUCCUUCAGGAAAUGGCGUCCAACCAGUGCCUUUAUUAUUCUACCGGCUGGUGGACUUAUUCGUUCUGCUACAAUGGACAGGUGACACAAUUUCAUGCGCUUCCACCGGGCACAAACGGCAGACUGUGGCCACCGCAGGAAGAUCCGACAACACCGAGUUAUGUCCUGGGCAAGUUCAACAGUGAUGGCAGUGAAGGUUCGCCUUCGGAGGGGCAUGCAGACCGUAGUCCAUCGACAGAGGUACGGUCGAAGGCGGAGACAAACUACCUGGUUCAACGGUUGGAAGGCGGAACCAGAUGUGACCUUACGGGAAACGACCGAAAGGUUGAGGUACAGUUUCAUUGUAAUCCCCAGGUGACCGAUCGAAUUGCUUGGAUCAAAGAGACCGCGACUUGUUCAUAUCUCAUGAUCAUCUAUACACCACGCUUGUGUAACGAUGUCACCUUCCAGCCACCAAAGGAGACCCGGGUUCAUCCAAUCACUUGCAGGGAAAUCAUUUCGGAAGACGACAUAUCGUCGUGGGAAACUAGACGCCUGAACAUGAAAUACCGCCAAGCUUUCGGUGAAGACCAGAAUCCACACGAGCAUGUCAUGCUGGGAAAUGUGGAAUUGGGUGCCGGGAAGUAUGUGGGCAACGAUGGGAAGAGGUUGGAACGAGGGCGAAUAGUGUUGACGCAGGACGAAAGAGCCGAAACGGUGAUCAUGCAGAAGAAUGGUCAAAUCUCUAGUCUUUCCAAGGCAGAGCUCAAAAAGCUUGAUCUCAGCCCAGAAGACGUUGACACAUUUCGCAAAGAGCUCCAGAAACUGGCAGGCACAAAAGACUGGAAAAUCGAACGGUUGGAUGAUGUCGAUGGACAUGUUCAGCUGCGCGGAGUCGUAAGUGCCGAUGACGAUGAGGAGAAGGCCAAAAAAGAUUCUUCCGAAAAGAAGCCUGAGGAAAAGGAACCUAUAGAAACGGAGCCUGUGCAAAAGCAGCCUGAUGAACAAGAGCCUGUGGAAAAGGAGCCUCCGGAAUCUGGAAGUGAAGAGGAAUACAUCGACGAAAUUUGA